CAGAGUUGCGAAAAGCUGGGCUACGUGCCCUCACUUCAAGACCGAGGAUCCCAUGCAGACUAUGUUGUAGCAAGUCCUGGAUACUACGACAUUUGAGUGGACAACAAUUGUUGAUUCGCCCGGUUUCUGAAAAUGCUCGCGUGCGAGCUGGAAGAUCAGCAAUGUGUCCCAAUGAGGAUGAUGAAGGCGUUGAGGACUUACUUGCCCCGCUUUGUGAUCCUCGCUUGGCUCGUAAUGGCGGGAUUGCGGCAUUUGAAGCUUUGCCCGAUAACCCAUCCGAUGUAUCGAAACGCGAACUUCUGGAAUCAGUCCGAAAGGAGCUACUACAUCUUGCCAAAACUUGCCAAAGCCAUAAGGAAGCAAUCCUUUUACCAGAUAUGGCGCGUUCGAUGUUACGAUGUUUGUGGGCAAAUGACUCGGUCAUCUUGUGCCUUUUGGUUCCUAUGCUAAGUGCAGCUGCAAAGCAUUACGAGUUCCCCACAGACGUUUUCUUCAUGGAAGCCAUUUUACUCUCUCCUUCAAUAUGCCGCUUGCCUCGACAUGUUGGCGGCUUGGCUUUCGAGCACCCAGAGACGGCACUUUAUGCACGAGUGGUCAGACGCGCAAUGUGCAUGUCUCACAUUGUUGACUUUAUCGAACAACAGCAGCACCUGGAUUCCUCUUCGAACGAGGGAACUCUUACAAACCCUAUGGAGUACCUUCCUCAAGAUCCAGAUGGCAAUUUAUUCAGCGUCGCUAACGUUAACCGUGCCGACGGCGCUUUGAAGCUUGCUUACAUCUUAUUACAGGCUGCAGUAAAUGGUAUUUAUGACUGCAAUGCUGCUGUCAUUCCGGCAGGGCUUGAAUCGAAGGUUGGGACUGUAUCCAGGACAAACACGAAGCUACCUGGGUUGCGGCAGCGUUUGGAGAAGAAGGAAGGUCUAUUUCGUAUGCACAUGAUGGGCAAACGAGUUAACUAUACUUGCCGCUCCGUCAUUAGUCCCGAUCCCAAUUUGGACGUCACUGAGGUUGGAAUCCCCCUCUUCUUUGCGCUUCGUUUGACUUUCCCCGCUCCGGUUAACACCCUGAACCUAAAACAUUUGCGCCAGUUGGUUUCCAACGGACCCGACAACUAUCCAGGUGCACGGAGCAUACUGACCCCGGAAGGUCAGCUAAUACACCUACCCCCUGGCAACACUCCACAUGCGCGAAAAAAAUGCGAAUUGCUCGCCCGUCGCUUGACUGCAGUACCCGCUAACCCAAGUGGCAUUCCCUUCAUUGUUAAUCGGCAUUUACUGGAUGGGGAUUUUCUAGUUAUGAAUCGUCAGCCAACGCUUCAUAAACCUUCAAUGCAAGCACAUCGUGUCCGCAUCAUCCAUUCGAGUUCAGCUAAGACGCUGCGUAUGCACUAUUCCAAUUGCCGCGCGUACAAUGCUGACUUUGACGGUGACGAAAUGAACGGCCAUUUGCCACAAAGUCAUGCGGCUCAGGCUGAGCUGGAGUUGCUGGCUUCUGUUCCCCAUCAUUAUCUGGGCCCAAAAGAUGGAGCUCCUUUAGCUGGUCUCAUUCAAGAUCAUGUGAUAGCGGCUGUCAAACUGACGAUGCGUGAUCGUUUCCUCACUUAUCCUGAUUAUUUGGAAUUGGUUUAUCACGCUCUCCGAUCGCUAUUCACCUUGUCCCAGUGCAGCUUAGAGGGCCCACCCAAGCUGCUCACGUUGAAACCCGCUAUCAUGUGGCCCCAGCGGUUGUGGACUGGCAAACAGGUUAUCUCUACGCUGUUGAUCAACCUCACUCCACUAGACAUGCCGCAUCUGAACUGCACUCUGCAAGGUCGGCGCACAAAAGCCGAACUGUGGUCUGGCGUUGAACCCGGAAAACCAACUCCUUUAUCUGACGUAGAUGUAGUCGUCUGCGACGGAUACCUGGUAUCCGGUAUACUCGACAAGUCCCAUAUCGGAUCCUCUAGUGGCGGCCUUGUACACUGUGUCUAUGAGUCGUAUGGCCCUGAAGUUGCAGCCCAUUUGCUUAAUGGAAUCAGCUUGAUGGCAAACCGUUUUCUUCGUUUGAUUGCAUUCACAAUGGGUAUAAAAGACAUGCUUCUAUCGUGCGAUGCUGAUCGUGACCGAGCACGUCGAUUCUCCAACAUGAAAGAUUUGGGAUUAUGCGCAUUUGCAGACGCAUUCGAGCUGGAUCCAGACGCUCUCUCUGAACCGGAAGUUCGGCAUCUAUAUCGGCAGGCUCACUUUGCGCCUGCUACCCAACAAAAUUUGGGAAGGCGUUUGAUGCAACUGGACAACGCCAUGAAAACCCGGUUGAAACGAGCUCAAGAUGCUGUUUGUGAUGCUGCCAUACCGUCCGGAUUAUACGUGAGAUUUCCGGAAAAUAACUUACAGCUGAUGGUGCACGUGGGAGCCAAAGGUGGAAUGGUAAACACACAGCAAAUGUCCGUAGCACUGGGUCAGAUUGAGUUGGAAGGUCGCCGCGUCCCUCUCAUGCUGAGUGGCCGCACUUUACCAUCCUUUCCGAUGUACGACAUCCGUCCGAGAGCCGGUGGAAUGUGCACACAUCGUUUCCUAACCGCACUGCCCCCACAAGAAUUAUUUUUUCACUCUAUGGCGGGCCGAGAUGGUCUAGUCGAUACUGCCGUAAAAACCAGUCGUUCUGGUUACCUUCAACGCUCGGCUGUCAAACAUUUAGAGGAUUUAAGUAUUCAGUACGAUGGGACUGUCCGUGACUCCGGCCAGAACGUCGUUCAGUUUCGGUAUGGGGAUGACGGCGUUGACGUGUGCCAAGCGAGCUUUCUCCAGCCUUCUGGCUUGCAUUUAUUUGCUGAUAAUGCUGCCGUGUUAGCUAUGCGGUGGCGCUCGUUUCAUCAGACUGAAAACUCUUCUACUUAUCAACAGCUUCAUCAAGUUUCUUUACCGAGGCCAUUGCAAAUCAUAGCUGAUCAAGUAGGAACUCAGCGUCAGUUGCUGUUAUUAAAAGCGCCGUCACAAAGCAAAAUUACCAAGAUGUUUAGAAAAUAUCGUCUUGUUCAGAACCGGUUGUCUGAAAAUUCGGAACACCUGAAUCAUUUGUCCCGAAGCGAAUUGCUCAAUGCCGAAUUACCAGACCCUCCUUGUGACGUGGCCGCAGCACUUCGUGAACUUUGUGUGGCCAAACUGAUUAGCGCUCAGGCGCCACCCGGUGAGCCUGUUGGAUUGCUUGCUGCUCAGUCAGUAGGGGAACCGUCCACGCAGAUGACUUUAAAUACUUUCCAUUUUGCUGGGCGUGGUGAAAUGAACGUCACCUUGGGGAUUCCUCGAAUGCGAGAGAUUCUAAUGUCAGGAUCCGCGAGUAUCAGCACCCCUUGUAUUGAGGUACCUGUUCGGCCCACUAUCGAGGCCCAUCGGGGUUGCUUCAGACUUGCCAAGCGUUUUUACAGGCUCAAACUCACUGAGGUAAUUCGUUUGCCUUUAAAUGAGGCGAUCGAUUACGCAUCCGAUUCAUACACUCUAGAAUUUCAACUCGAACCACCAUCCGCCUAUUCCGAUCGAAGUUACUUUCGUCCCGCCAAAGUACUCCGCUUUCUGGAACGCAUAUUCUUUCCUGAUUUUGCCAAGCGUUUGGAUCGGGAAUUGAAGGAUCAGGGAAAAACUACUCUCAUUCGCAGCUUCGCCUUGUCCGCUCUAGCACGCCAACAAAAGUUAGGUGCAGCUGACGGAUCGGCUGACCCCUUGAAUGAUGAGGAUAGGGCUGGUGCGGAACGCGAUGCUGGAGGCCGCACUCAGACAGUCCGCGCGUGUGAUGAAUGGAACGAAGACGACGGACAUGAGGCUGUGCGACGUCGUCGAUUGGAGACAGAGGCCGAGGAGGAUGGUAUGCUCGGACGUAGUCAACCCAUCGAUCUGGACGACCUUGUCGAUCUAGUUGUCGACGAUGACGAUGAAGCUGCUGAACUGCGUGAACUAGGUGUCGAUCCGGACAAAGCAGAUAAAGAUGCUGACGAAGCUUCUGACCACGAAGAUCCCGAUUCAGGUCCGCAUGGUGCGGAUAAGGGGAGCAAGAAAUCAAGACGAAAUACGAAGACGAAUGUUCUCGGUUCCGUUGAUGAGGUAGAAAUUGAUGGCCCCUCGCAUGAUUACGCCGAGGCAGAUCUUGACGAAGUUGUGUCGCAUAGCCAAUCGGAUGCGGAAGUGAACUCAAAUGAUGAAAAUGUGGAUGAAUUUGAAAUUGAAAGUCGCCAAACGUUUGUGACACGUUUGCACGCGCGGUUCAGCAAAUACGAAUUUGAUCGAAGUGACCCACCAACUUGGGCAAGGUUAACCAUCUGUAUGUUUGAUCCAAAAGAUGGUCGCAUCUCUAUCGAUUUGAAGACCUUGGUGAUGCGGCUCAUCAACAGAUGCGUGGUGUCAUCAGUGCCAGGCAUUGAGAAGGUAGCCGUGGAUAGGUCCAGCCGACAGGAGUGGAUGUUCCGCGUGGAGGGUACCAACAUAGUCGAAAUUAUGCGCUAUCCUGGUGUGUUCGACAUCAACCGGUUGUACACCAAUAACAUAUCGUUGAUGUACCAGACCUAUGGAAUCGAGGCCGCUCGAGCGGCCAUUCAAAAAGAAGUUUCCAGCGUUUUCGGCCACUAUGGGAUUUACGUGAAUCCCAGACACUUAUCUUUGGUGGCUGAUUACAUGACCAAGUCUGGUUUUUACCGCGCUUUCAACCGAUCAGCCUUUGCUGGCCAUCCAUCGCCGCUGCAACAGAUGUCCUUCGAAACUGUGAGCACCGCUUUAAAGGAUGCCAUACAGGAUGAUCGCGUAGAUACUUUGGUUUCUCCGUCCGCCAGUCUGAUUACCGGUCGAAUAGUUCACAACGCUGGCACCACCUGUUUUGGGAUGUACCAACGAUUGCCCUACUGAUAACCUACUCCAUUGCUCCGCCCUCUCCGCUUUCGACUGUACAGACAUGACCGACCAUGCGAGAUUAUUUGAACUUACAUUUCCUUGUGAAUAUAACUAUUUUCCUG